GGUCGACAGUUUGGCAUCCCGGCUGCAAAAACACGACGAGAACAGAGGAGAGACACAGGGAGCGGCUCUUGCCUCCGUCCCUCUUAUUCCUCCAAAAAACACAAAGGCAGCCUACGAGGUCGUCGUCCGAGAGUAUUUGUUCCAGACCUGGUUCAAGCAUACCUGGCUCACCGGGCCACACCAUCUAUGCAAAAGUAGACAAUGAGAUCCUUGAUUACAGAGACCUAGCUGCCAUCCCCAAAGUCAAAGCCAUUUAUGACAUUGAGCGCCCCGAUCUUAUUACCUAUGAACCUUUGUACAGCACCUCCCUGGAAGAGAGGGACGAGAGACAGGAGAGUGUGGGAGAGCUCCACACUGCCAGGAGGGAGCGCUCCCCUUUACCUGAUGACAAGUCCUCAAGAAACAUGUCGCCGACCCCCCCUGGUGAGGGCUCGUACGACAGGAGGGAACGUAUCCUCCAGAGGUCCACCAGUCAGGGCUCCAUAGGAUCACCUGUUUAUAAUCGCCAUGGUUACAUCCCCACCUUGUCACGAUCCCCUCAGCAUUUUCACAGACCAGAGGCUCUGACAGGCAUGCAGAAGCUCUGCUCCUCCCUGUGCAGUAACAGUGUGGGCUCCAGAAAUAGUGACUCCCGCCCCACCUCCCCUUUCAGACACCACUUCCUCCCCCAUAGCCAAGGCACCGACCCCCCGAGCGGCCGGAGCUCCCCCCUCCCGCUCAGGCCCGACAGCCGGCCGAUCACCCCGCCUCUCUCUCUGACCCCUAAACAUUUCCACCUCCCAGAUCAGGGGAGCAACAUCUACAGGAAGCCACCGAUCUACAAACAGCACGGUUCAGAAGGGAGGCGGCGAUCCAGAGAAGACGAGGAGGAGGAGGCCUUGAAGAGAAAGCAGCUCCAGGAGGAACAUCUCAGUAAGAUCCAGUCUGGUUUGGGGAAGCUCAUUUUGAAGGAGGAGAUGGAAAAGGAACAGAUCAGGGAGCGUCAUGCUCGAAGCCUCUCAGCUCAGCGAUACGACCCCAAACAGAGCAACUGUGACGCAG